AUGAGGCAUCAUUUCUACCGCCAGAGGGACUGGAUGCGGAAGCAGCCUGUCUUCUUCAUAGUCUUGGGGGCCGAGCAGGCCAACCUCCUCGGGCGCAGGGCCGCUGACAUGGGGGCCCUUCGGAUGCUGUUCCUGCUCCCGCUGCUUGGGGCAGGGGACCAGCCUGCAGCAGCCACGAAGGUAAAACCCGGAGGGGGACGACCCAGACGGAAGCCAGCCCCUGGCAGGUGCUCAAGUCAGGCACAGUGGAAAGCUAGAGCCAGACAGGCGGCUGGGGGCGAGGCUGAGUGCGGGGCCCGGAAGCCGCACGGUCCGGGGGCCGUGUGCACGCGCCACAGCUCCGCUGCCAGGCUCGGCGGCCCCGAGACACCUGCGGGGCCUUUGCCUCCUUCUCCUCCUUUCCCUGCAGCCGACGGGGAUUCUGGAGAUGGCGUGGAGGCUGAGGAAGUAGUCGCUGUGCUUCAGGAGUCCGUCAGCCUUCCCCUGGAGGUACCAUUCGAUGACAAGUUCGAGGACGUCAUCUGGUCCUCUCGCAUAAGGCUUGCCACGGUGGUUCCGGGGAGAGAGGGACAGCCGGCUACCAUCACGGUGACCAACGCUCGAUACGCGGGCAGAGUGAGCUUCCCGGACCCCAGCUACUCCCUGCUCACAAGCAAUCUGAGCUGGGGGGACUCAGGGCCUUACAAGGCUCAGGUCAACCUGAGGACGUCCCAGAUCUCCGCCAGACAGCAGAAGGGCCUUUGCACGUUCCUCUUUCAUCUAGGACGGCUGUCGGAGCCUCGCGUCACGGUGGGCUUUGAGAACUCCAGGGAAGGUGGCUGUAAUGUGUCCCUGACGUGCUCCGUAGAGAAGGCGGGCCUGGAUGUGACCCACAGCUGGCUGUCCUGGGAACAUGGCCCUGAGACACUGACAGUCCGUGAGGGCUCUGCCCUCAGCGCGUCCCGGAGACCUGGGGACAAUGCCCUCUCCUAUACCUGCAGGGCCACCAACCCCAUCAGCAGCGCCCGUUCCUGCCUAGUCCUUGCCGGGCCCUUCUGUGCAGAUCCUGGCUAUGCCUCGGACACGUCCACUUACUUCUGCCUCUGGGCCAAGGGGCUGCUCUUCUCCUUCCUCGUGGUCACUCUGGCCGUGGGGCUCUGGCUCAUCUGAGCCCAGAAAAGAUGCAGAAUGCCAGGGAUGAGGACCCCCAGGAGAAAUGAGGCUGAAGCCUCGCCCCGGCCUGGCCCGAUCGCCCCUUGGGGACCCCUGUGCUGAGCACUCUUUCUUCCCAAUCCCUC